AUGGAUCGAUUCUUGAAACCCAACUAUUGGAUCAAUGCAGCGAGGAAAAAACUUGUCCCUGACAAUGAUUAUUUCAAACUACUGGAUAUCAUUGGAAUAUUUGGAGGUAUUAUUUUCAACCCAACCAACCAAAUCGAGCGGAUUCUGUGGAGACUUAAUCGAUUCUUGAUUGUAUAUCAAUACUGCUACACAAUAUUCAUUCUAUUGGCAACGACUAAAGAUGAAAACUUUCUCAUGGUUUUCAUUAUCCGCACCAUCAUGCUCAUGACUUUCACCAGAUGUUUGAUAAGCAAUGUUCAAUGGCGUUAUCACAUUGCUGCUAUCACUGAAACCAGAUCCUUCAUCAACGGUCGGCGUAGCCAUUCAGGCGAUCAAGCUUUCGAUGAUAGGAUUCGCAGCUCGUUUCAAAAAUCCUCUCACAUUGUUUUUCUGGCAGUUCUGGCUAUGAGCAUAGGUGAUCAAAUAGUACUGUUUUUGCCAAAUUCCUAUCAGGAUCUUGUCCUGGGAUACUACGACCUAACGAUCCUUUUCGGCUCUAACACUGCCAGAUUGUUACAGUCCGGUAUGACAUUUAUGCAUACGAUCAUCUGGAUCAGCAUGUAUUUUUCGUGCACGGUAGCUUUCACAACCUUACUUACUGGACUGCGUACGGAGCUGGAAAUAAUUGCCCAUGGUUUUGAAGAAAUCCAUUCCAGAGUAAUGGCUGAUCUUCGGCCCAAGGAAUCCCAUUCGGCAGUUAUAGCUCCUGAAGAAAUUUCACAAUUUUUGAAAUAUUUUAAGAAUCACUUACAACCACUUGUGAAUCAUCAAAUGGAAGUGACCAGGGCGUUCCAGAACUUGCAACAACCCAUCAGCAACAUAUUUUUUGUGGUUUACUACAACGACGUCAUAGUUAUUGGAUCGCUGAUGUUCAGUAUCGUUACGAUUGGAAUGUCUCCACUGAGUUGGAUUUUCUCGUCCGCGUCUCUGGCGUUUCUGAUGGAAUGCUACUGGUGGUGCAGCGUUGUCGAUUCCUUCAAUGAUGUCUAUGAAAAUAUUGCCCUGCAUUCCUUCGAACUAUGUGCCAAGCUACCGUUCGAUGAAAGCUGUCGGAAGGACUACAUCAAGCUUCGUUCAUCACUUCGCAUAAUUCAUCAGCAGGCUUUCAGUGAAACUGUCCUUUCAUGUGGAGGAGUAUUUCGCAUCAAUACUGGAGUUUUUGUGGAACUGGUCAACUUUACCUACUCGAUGCUCACUUUCUUACUUAAUAUGCAGUAA